AUGUCUGAAAUCAUCCAAAUCAUUAACGCACGUCUCGUUGAGGGGAACUCCCUCGUCUCUCGAUCGCUGUGGAUUGACAGCCUCGCAGGCAUCUUCGUCCCUUCGCCUGACCCCGCGCUGGUGAAGGUGAAGGUGGUCUCGACGAUAGAUCUCCAGGGUCGUAUUCUAUCACCAGGCUUUAUAGACCUGCAAAUCAACGGGGCCUACGGGUUUGAUUUCUCAGAAGAUGCGUCCAAAGAUGCAGCAGGAGUUUCCUACAAGAAUAGAUACUCUGAAACACGUCAGAAGCUGAUCAAAACGGGGACAACGAGUUUCUUGCCUACAAUGACCAGUCAACACGCGGAGCGAUACCACCAGAACCUACCAUUCCUAGGGCCAUCCAAGUCCCGCAAUCCCUUCGAGGGAAGCGAAUCCCUCGGCGCCCACUGCGAAGGACCAUUCUUCGCACACAAUCGCAUGGGUGUACAUCUCCCCGAAGCAAUCCAGUCUUCAGGCCCAAGCAGCGAGCCAGAGCUCGUGAUCAGAACAUAUGGAGCCAGCAAUCUAUUCAACACAACACCACCCAACUCCCAAGAACAAGAAUCAGAACCCGGAAAAAUCCCAUCGCACGUCCGGAUGAUCACAAUGGCCCCCGAAAGACCAGGAGCCCUAAGUACCAUCCAACAAUUGAGCAACAAAGGCAUCAUAAUGAGCAUCGGACACAUGGCAGCAAACUACACCCAAGCCGCCGCAGGCAUCAAAGCCGGAGCGAAAAUGAUGACCCAUCUAUACAACCAAAUGAACCCGCAUCACCACCGCGAACCAGGACCACUAGGAAUCCUCGGCGGAACGAUGGACAUAAAUCCCGAGAACGAGACGAAGGUUAUUCUCGAGGAGAAUGAUUCAUUGCAUCACGCUCACCAUGAUCCUCGCCCUACUCGGCCCUAUUUUGGCAUUAUUGCUGAUGGACAUCACGUUCACCCGGCUAGUAUUCGGCUAGCGCAUUUGACGCAUCCCGAGGGGUUGGUCCUUGUAACUGAUGCAUUGAUGUUAUUAGGAGGCGAGGAUGGGACGGUCGAUUGGUUGACGAGGAGGCUGACGAAGAAAGGGAUCAAAGUUAUGCUAGAGGGUACUGAUAUCAUUGCAGGGAGCUGUGUGACCAUCCCGCAAUGUAUAAACAAUUUUCGGAAAUGGACGGGCGCCUCGAUUCCGGCUGUGCUACAGGCUGUCACGUCUAGACCUGCUUCGAUUCUGGGAAUGGAGAACGUCAAGGGAUCCCUGCGAGAUGGUGCCGAUGCUGACUUUGUGGUACUCAGCGAGGAGGGUGUGUUGGGACAGUCUGUGUCCGAGCUGGUGGUUGAUCAAGUGUGGAAAUUUGGGGUUAAGGUGUUUGAUCGGGAUUUGGAAUAG